CAAGAGAGGAAUUAAUCAUUGCGAGUUGAGGGUUAUAAGCAGUGUACACUGAUCAUUCUGGUCACAAUUUCGACAGUCUCUGAGAGACCAGCUAUAACUCUAACUGUGAUAUACUGAUAUCUUCGAGUAUAGUAGUUCGAAACUGUUCUGACCAAGUCGUUGGUACAAUUGUUCAGAUCUAUUUUGUCAGUUAAUUAAAUCAGUGUGAUUAAAUGGCGAACGAUACGGAACUCAUUGGAUCGUUCAUUUGGGGCAAACCACAGAAGAAUUUAUCAAAAUUUCUUAAACAAUAUCAACUGCCUCAGAUUGUUCGAGUCGUGGAUGGCUUCUGCGGCAAGAACGAAGAAACAAGCAUAAAUAACGAACAGAUAUUGGCCUUCCACGAGAUAUGUUCAGUCCAAAAAUUACUUGGCACGGACAGUUCGGGCAAGCAAGUAAUCAUUCCAUUGACGUGUCCAACACAAGUCCUGGUCUGCCCGUCCAAAUGUAAGUACACGCCAUGUAAAGUUGAAGAUUUUAAGUCUAUCUUUCCUAAACUACAAUACGUACGAGUGAAAAGCUGUGGGCCUCAAUCAAGGAAUGCCAGUGACAUUUUACAACGCUCGCUCAAAGUUGGUGACAUACUACAAAUUCAAAAGAUUGACAAAAAAAAGAAAAGUGUCGUUUGUCAGAAUACUGAUACUAAAGGAGAAGUGACUCUUUCCUACACAUCCCCGGCGAUUUUCACCCCAUUACUAGACAGCCGGAAAUACACACUGUCGGAAGUUGUGAUCAACUACGGCCUGCAUUCGAGGGUGUGCUUUGAAACAACCCGUUCGCAGGCUGAGCAAAACUUGGAUCAGUGGAACAGCUCGUUAACAGGUCUCACUGAAGUGGUCUUUCAUAAAGUGCUAACGGAAGUUAAAGUUAUCGCAACUACCGUAGGGGGAGGGUUGGGUGAACUAACGCAUUGUAUAGGUCUACCGACAGACCUACCCAUCCGCUGCGCAGUCGCAGAACGUUUCACUAAAAAUGGCCGAAGUUAUGAAGACUUUGUUUGUACACUACACGCAGGUUUCGACAGCAAGAACCUUUCAGAGAGAGUAAAUGUGUUCCAAGAUAUAAACGCUGUUAAGAUAUACGAUUUAACUUCUUCCGAAAGUAUGGCGACUGUUCGACAGAACCAACGCGACACCUUACCGAGUCUUGUACGUAGUAAUGCGGCAAGAAACCCGCCCAAAGUUUCUCCCAAACCCAAAAAAAGAAUCAGAGAGUCUCCAAACGAUUCCAAGUAUUCACUAUGCGAUCCAAAACAACCCUCUCAAAGUCCUGACGAUUGUACGAUGACAGCCAAAGUACACGACGAACCUGCACGAAAUAGCCCCGAAGUUGGUACGACCGCAGCCGAGGUAUACGGCAAACUUUCACAAAGUCGUCCCGAAGAUCGUGCAACCACAGACGAAGAGGGGUACGUUGACACGAGUUUCUUUGAGAAACACAUUUAUGAAUAUGUUGAUUGUGAAAAGGACAAACAUUCAGUUGAUAACCAGAACAACCUUGGCAUGUAUUUCUCGAGAAAAUAUUCUCACCUUACUGGCAAUGCAACUGAUGUAAAUGCUCCAUCAACACCAAAAGUCCAAGAUCAUUUGAGAAACAAAGGUUUACAACAGCAAGCACCAUUCAAUCAACCAGAAAUUAAUUCAAAACAUUCACAAGGUUAUGAAGAGGUUAAGCCUGUGCAAGCACCAUUCAAUCAACCUGAAAUUAAUUCAAAACAUUCACAAGGUUAUGAAGAGGUUAAGCCUGUAUGGAAUUCAAACUCGAAGCAGGAGUUUGCAGAUCCUAAUUUAAUCCAUAACGAUAAAAAUAAGGAACAAUUAUCCGAAAAUCACAGUGACUACGUCAUCCCUAUGAUAUCACCAAACGUAAGACCUCAGACAAGGAAAUUUGUAAAACACAAACGAACCGAUGCAAAAAAUAAACCUUCAAAUACCGGUUAUGAAAAUGUCGAGUUCGCAAGGGAAAAACAGAACGGUCAGCGAAAACAUGCUUAUGAAAAUGUGGUUACAAACGUUGGAAUGGGGUUCAAAUUCCAGGAAUAAUUCUUAUUUGUCAAAUAUCGAGUUUCUCGGAGUUUCUUCAUAUUAGACAGUAGCCAUGUCGUAUUCGCGGUAAGAGUAGCCCGCGUAGCUGUUGCUUUAUUUUGUUCAGUGAAGGUUUUGAGGAUUUUUGAAUAAAUGACGGUAAUCCUCAAAACCUUCAAUAAUUAAAAUAAAGCGACUGCUACGCAGGCUACAGUAAAAGGAUUUUGAUAGAAGAAUCUAUACCCUUGAACAAACGAAGAAACAAGUGAUUUUUUGCAUUUAAUCACAUAAUCUUAUAUAGCCUAUGAAUUCCUGCUUGUUGAAAUAUUUUAGUCUAAAGUUCUUUUUAAUCCUGAUGAUUGACGCUAAGUCCUAAAUCUCGGUUUUUAUUCCGCUUUUGUACAAUAUAUUUUAAUAAAGUUUUUUUAAAACAAGACUAGAAGAAACAAUUGAAAAUUUGUAAUAAACGAGUUUAACAGAUUGCUACAAGUUGUUCCAACAAGAC